UGCACAUGCUCACCUUGUCACCAUCGCGGAUUAUUUUUGCUGGAGAUCCAAUGCAGCUUUCUGCAACUAUACUGUCGUACGCCGCCUCUACAGCCGGCCUCCACUUGUCCUUGAUUGACAUGUUGCCAGGAAUGGGUGACAGUUCUGAUGACCAAAAAGCCUAUCCCUGCAUGCCGCCAUGGAGGACACUCUUAGAGCAGCAUCGCAUGCAUCCAGAGAUUCGAAAUUGACGUAUGAAGACAAGCUCAUCGAUGCAAAAGUUGUGCUGGAAAGGAAAGUGCGACCAAACUACGGAGAAUUACUGAACGCAACUGGAGGUAGCAGAAUUGUUAUCUUAGAUCACAAGUUUUUUGAGAAAAAUGAACCAAUAACGAAUGGAUAUUAUAACAUUGGGGAAGUAAAUGAAGUUUCACGUCUAGUUCAGACACUUCUGGACAAAGGCAUCCCUUCUGAGGACAUUACGAUUCUCACGUUCUACGAGAUGCAGAGGCAGGAAUUAUUACGGGCCAUGCCCUGCAAGAGUGAUAUACGGAACGUUGAUGCCUUUCAAGGACGAGAGAAUCGGGUGGUCAUCAUUUCAUUUGUCCGGAGCAAUACGUCCCCGAAAGCUAGUGUAGGUUUCCUAAACAGCAUCAACCGUAUUAAUGUGGCCCUCUCCAGAGCUCAAGAAUUUUUGUUUAUCGUCUGGAAUACUGAGUUCUUUCGAAGAAGUCAUUUGCAGCACUUCAAAAAGUUGUGCAAGUUGGUACACCACUGUCCUAAACUGUCUGAUCUGAAUCUGUAAUUGUUUCAUUUGUAUUCAUUCUGUUGUACGAAUGUUGUUGUUUUGUAUUCGUAAUAUCUUUUUUAUUCAAAUGCAUCAACUAAUUAUCC